CAGCUGUCUCUGAUGGGCAACUCUCUGAUCUGCAGCCGACCACCGAUGCAGACUCUCUCCAGCCCGCCGCAGGCCGAGCACACAGCUAUCCAAAACCCGGUCCAGCUUCCAACUCCCCUCCCGUCAAUGUCCUCGUCCAGCCACAAGCCAGACGCUGUUUCCUCGCAGAGCGCAUUUACCAGUCUGCACUCAGAGGCGCUCUCCGGCAACUGCACAGCCCAGUUCCGGCUUGGGCUCCUCUACGACUUGGGCACCCUAAGCGAUCAGCCAGAGCUGACAGUCGGCAGCGAUCCCGCACACGCCAACUAUUGGUAUCUGCUGGCCGCCAAACAAAAUCACAUUGGCGCCCAGUAUAACCUCGCGCUCAACUAUCAGAACGGAGCGGGCUGCAGCAAGAACCUGGUAAAGGCUUCAAAGUGGUUUCUGAAGGCCGCAAAACUGGGCUGCGUGGAUGCCCAGGUCAACAUUGCCAACUACUACCGGCGAGGAUGGGGCCGGUGUUGCCAGGACAAUGUCGCUUCCAUGGCGUGGUUCCUCCUGGCUGCCCAGAACGGCGAUGCUACGGCCCAGUUUAUCCUGGCCCAAGCGUACCAGCACGGCAAAGGCGGCCUCGCCAUCGAUCUCAUUGAGGCCCACAACUGGUGCCAGCGUGCUGCCGAUCAAGGCCAUCAGCCCGCAAGCCUGUAUCUCGAGCGGCUUGACCAGGACCCAAACGGCGAGGCAACCGACGCUGCCCAUGACCAACAUGAGCCAGAGGACGACUGCGAGUCGUCAAGUGAUUCUGAGAUAGCUUCAGCCGUGAAAGCGUACGAGUUUGUGUCUUGCAGGAUACACAGGGCCGAUGAUCCCGCUCCAGGGUAAUCGGAGCGAUGAGGCGG